GCGGGAGGUUCGGUAGACUCUUCGGUCACUACACGGAUGCCCGUGCCUGCAGUGUCGCCCGGGUCCCCAGAAAGGCUCGUGUCGCUUGCACAGGUCGCAGAGCCGCCGGGGAAGAACCUGUGGGAGCAGAUCUGCGAGGAGUAUGAAGCUGAACUGCCUACCCUUCCAGAAGGAUAUAAAGUGAAACAGGAAGCUGCUGUCACAGUGAGCUCGGUCACGCCGUUGGAUGAACUGGUUCCUCAUGGCUUCAACAUGGAGCACUACCUCCCGGUGCACCCAUUCCCAGUGGUGCCUCCUGUGCCUUGUCCUCCCAGGAAGGCAGAAACAGUAGAGCCCAAGACCUGUUCCCCCAGAGAUUAUCUGGAAAUGUUCAUCUUUCCAGUUCUGCUCCCUGGAAUGGCCAGCCUGCUUCAUCAAGCAAAGAGAGAAAAGUGUUUUGAGAGGAAGAGAACCAAAUUCGUUGCCUGCGAUUUCCUGACUGAGUGGCUGUACAAUCAGAAUCCGAAGAGGGCAGGGGAGCCAUUCACAGAAUUCUUCUCCAUUCCCUUCGUGGAGGAAUGGCUCAAGCACCACCCUCGGCCACCAAUCCCCCUCUCGCUACUACUGACAGAAGAAGAAGCCGCGAUCAGCAUCCAGUCCUUCUGGAGAGCCUAUCUGGUUCGCUGCGACCCUGAGAUCCAGGAGCUGCGGCAGUGGCAGAAGAAGCUGCGUGAGGACAAGCACAUCCGCCAGCGUGUGAAGAUCUUCUGGGCCAAGCAAGAGCAGAAAUGCACCACACCACCCAGCGGCACCCAGCCCUGGGAGCUGCUCCCCAAACUUCUCAGGAAUCAUCUUAAACGACACAUGGCCAUGGCCAGUUUCUUAUCAGGGCAUCAGAACUUGCUGUCUGGGUUUGUGUUGACUGGGCUUUCUAGGUUGGGGCUGGAUGAAGAGGAGCAGCAUAUGUCAGACAAAUGUCACUCAAAGGUGUUCUCACUGUAUGGUACCAUGACCUGGUGUUUACACUGUGAGCAGCCUCCUGCAGAUGUGAGUCUCAGGGAGGAGCAUCAGCUGUCCCCAGGCAGACUCCUGGUCAUGUGCAGUUGGAUCUCAGGUUACACAGAGUCAGAGGCUACUGUCCCCAACAACAUUCUCCUCCCGACAGAAGCAGUGUGA